AUGGAUGCAGCAAAGCCAAUGCCUACACCAAGUUCAACAACUUCUCUUGAUCGUGGUGAAGGAACCACUUUUGAUGAUCCCACUCUAUAUAGAAGUAUAGUAGGAGCACUACAAUACUUGACCUUGACCCGGCCAGAUAUAGCAUUUUCUGUGAAUAGGGUAUGUCAAUUCAUGCACACACCAACGGUGGAUUACUGGGCUGCAGUAAAGAGAAUUCUAUGCUACUUGAAGGAUACAAUUGAAUUGGGGAUUCAAAUUCGACCGUCAAGAUCGUUUCAGCUAAUUGCCUACACAAAUGCAGAUUUGGUUGGUUGCCCCUACAAUCGGCUGUCAAUAAGUGGAUAUUGUAUAUAUCUUGGUGAAAAUUUAAUAUCUUGGAGUUCCAAGAAGCAACAUAUAGUUGCACGGUCAUCAACAGAAUCAGAGUACAAAGGUGUGGCUAAUGCCGCGGCAGAAUUGAUAUGGUUACAUCAAUUGUUGCAUGAUCUUGAUAUACCAAUCCAAGCAGUACAAAGGUGUGGCUAA